ACUUUUUUUUGGCGGGGAGAGCUUCUUGUGUCUUAAAGUUUUCUUUCGCAGACUUUUCGUUUCUUUUUUUUUUUUUUUUUUUUUUUUUUUUUGUCUUUGUUUUUUGAGAUGUUUUUCCUCCCAUGGCAAGACUGGCUCACUGUGCUCUAAGUGAGACGGGAUGCUUCAGGAUUUAAGCGCCAGCGUCCUCUUUCCGCCGUGUUUGCAGCACACAACUUUUGCUCAAGUUCCCGACAAUGACGAGCAGUUUGUCCCAGACUUCCAGACUGAAAACUUGGCGUUUCACGGACUGCAGCUGAAGAUCAAGAGGGAGCUGCACAGUCCGUGUUCCGAGCUGAGCUCCACCUGCAGCCAAGAGCGGCCCUUCAAGCUCCAGUAUGGAGAGAAGUGCCUGUACAACGUCAGUGCCUACGAGCAGAAACAGCACGCAGGUAUGAAGCCCUCCAGUCCGGUGACGCCCCCCUGUAGCACCCCCGUGUCACCCCUUCAUCAUGCCGCCCCGACGCCCAAACCCGAGCGGACCUACGCCCACGCUCCGCCUUCCAUACCCGACGCCGCCUACGCCAUGGACCACAGAUUCCGCCGUCAGCUUUCUGAGCCGUGCCACUCGUUCCCGUCCCCGCCGACCAUGUCCCGGGAUGCCCGGCCCCUGUACCAGCGUCAGAUGUCUGAGCCCAGCAUCCCCUUCCCUCCUCAAGGCUUUAAGCAGGAGUACGCCGACCCGCUGUUCGAACCCCAUCCCGCCAUGAUGGGCGCUCCGUUGUCCCACAUGUACCCCGCCGCCAUGAUGAUCAAACAGGAGCCCCGGGACUUCAACUACGACUCAGCGGAGGUGCCCAGUUGCCAUUCGGUCUACCUGCGCCAAGAUGGCUACCUGGCCCACGCCAACAGGACUGAAGGUUGCAUGUUUGACAAAGUGGCCAGGCACUUUUACGAUGACACCUGCGUGGUGCCUGAGAAAGUGGAAGGCGAAAUUAAGCAGGAGGCCGGACUGUACCGUGAGGGUCCAGCCUACCAGCGGCGAGGGUCUCUUCAGCUGUGGCAGUUCCUGGUGGCGCUUCUGGAUGACCCGGCCAAUUCGCACUUCAUUGCCUGGACAGGCCGCGGCAUGGAGUUCAAGCUUAUCGAACCUGAGGAGGUGGCACGCCGAUGGGGUAUCCAGAAGAACCGACCGGCCAUGAACUACGACAAGUUGAGUCGGUCGCUGCGCUACUACUAUGAGAAGGGAAUCAUGCAGAAGGUGGCGGGCGAGAGAUACGUCUACAAGUUUGUGUGCGACCCGGAGGCCUUGUUCUCGAUGGCGUUUCCCGACAACCAGCGUCCGGUCCUCAAGAGCGAUGUAGAGCGUCACGUCAACGAGGAGGACACGGUGCCCCUGUCGCACUUUGACGAGAGCGCCCCCUAUGCUCAGGAGACGUCCUACUGCCAGCCGCACCCCUACAGCGAGGCCUACGUCUACUAGACUGAGGGACAAAGCUCCAACUCAAAGAGAAAUACUUGCUCCCUUCUUUUUGUUUGACGCGGGUAUUUCAGGACCGUCCUUGAGAUUUUUCCAAUUGCGACAACAUUUGAACUACCUACAGUUAAAUGGAAAGAUGGGUGAUACUGAAUUGUGAAACAUUUUUCUUGGCCGGAGUGUACUUUUUUAGGUCUUUAAAUUCAGCCUCAAAGACAGUUUGACUUAGCAGAUGGAAAUUUGGAACAACAAAAAAGUCUCAACAAGAUGUCCAAAAAGGACACAGGAAGUCAGCCAUUUUGUUUUCAAGCGGCCAUUUUAGGCUCAUUUCGGGGGUCCUUCAAAGACUAACCUGUCCGAAAAAUUUUGACCUACAGCUGCUAAAAUUCAGCCCACACAAAAAAAAAAUCUCAAAAACACAGGCCUGAAAAUGCACAAAAAGUCAGCCAUUUUGGUUUGAGGGGGAAGUUACCCAUUUUGGUUUGAAGUAGCCAUUUCCAGAGCUCCUUUUAAGACUUAACUUGUCCCAGAGAAAUGACCAAUUCAGUAGACUAUUAACAGGACGCACAAAAAUGUCUCAAAGACCCCAAAAUUAACCAUUUGAAUUCAAAGCAGCCAAUUUUAGGGAGAAUUUCCAUCAAAAAGAGGUGUUGAAAGUGACACCGGUUCCCCUUACUGACAUAACUGGGUGGAAAAGCCCCAAGAGCCCAUAUUUGAAAAUGAACAGCAAGUCAGCCA